CUGCACCAUUGUAGAUUUCUGGUACUCUCUUCUACCUACGUUCACAUACAGGGCGUCAAGUCUAUACGCUUUGAAUAUGAAAAUGAAAUUAAAUCCCGUCCUGACGGCGUUGUCUGCGGCAGCAUUCGGGUUCUUCGUCGGCGUUUCUUUUCCUGUACAAAUCACACCAAAGGUUUUCCCAUGGAGCUUUGGUAAUGCGAAUUCUACCUUCGGUUGUAGCGACAUACUUCUCAGAUUUUGGGCACCAUCCGGAAAUAGCACUUCAAUUGUAGAGGGGACAACCAUUCUGCAGUCAAAUACCACUUCAAGGAUUGCUGCGGCCUCAAAGCCGAAAGGCGCGAAGAGGCUACCACCGAAUAUUGUAGUUCGAGAGUCUGAUCUUCACCUGCGCCGGCUGUGGGGAAACCCGCGUGAGGACACGCCCACUAGGAAGUACCUUCUGGUCCUGACAGUAGGGUACACUGACAAAGAUAAUGUCAACGCGACUGUUCACAAGUUCUCGGACAAUUUCGACGUGAUGCUGUUCCACUACGACGGGCGGACGACGGAGUGGGACGAGUUCGAGUGGUCCAAGCAGGCCGUCCAUGUCAGCGCCAGGAAGCAGGCCAAAUGGUGGUAUGCCAAGAGGUUCAUGCACCCAAGCGUCGUGGCGCCGUACGAGUACAUCUUCCUCUGGGAUCAGGACUUCGGCGUGGAGACCUUCGACGCCGAGGAGUACCUUAAGAUUGCGAAAAAGCACGGUCUGGAAAUAUCGCAGCCGGGGAUGGACAUCACCAGGGGGGUGAAGACCUACGACGUCAACGUCAGAAGGAACGGCAGCGAGAUACACAGGUCGACAUCUGCAGGGAAGUGCGCCGACGUGCACCAGCCGCCGUGCAGCAAGUUCGUGGAGGUGGGUGCGCCCGUCUUCACCAGGGAAGCAUGGACUUGUGUCUGGCACAUGAUCCAGAACGACCUGGUUCAUGGCUGGGGUCUCGACUGGAAUUUCUGGAGAUGCGUCGACGAGCCCGAGGAGCAGAUCGGCAUUGUGGACGCGCAGUACGUGGCCCAUCACGUGGGGUUUACGCUCGGGAGCGCGGGCAACGACACCAAAGAAGAUAGCCGCGGCAAGGUGAGAGCCCGGGCGUCCAGCGAGUUUGGCAUGUUCAAAUUCAGAUUGAACAAAGCAGACGAAGCCCAGGCAGCAGCUCUUCUUGCACUACCGGAUGCAGACCCCAGAUCAUAGUCUUGAACGCCAUCAUCCGUCAACUCAAACUUCCUCUUCUUUUUUGGUGAAUUCAACCAAGGCUCACCUUUUUUCAUUUGAACUCACGGUACAAUUAACUGGUGAACAAUGUUAAAGAAAGCCCAGUUCUUGGUUAGGCCAAGUGAACCAUUGUCUACUCUCCAACCCCUGUGUUAGCUCAAGUUUGAGCAGCCGCAUAUAUUAGCAUAAUGGCAAACAUAGCAUAAAAGGAAAGGUAUCAAAACCAUGGGAAGACUCCGGCUGCAUUAUACACACUGGCAAACAUAUCAUAAAGGAAAGGUAUCAAAACCAUAGGAAGACUCCGGCCGUAUUAUACACAGUAUUUUAGUCUGUCUCAG